UUGUCUUAAUAAUCAAACACAAAUGAUCCACUUUCAGAAAAUGCCCUAUGCCAUACCUAUCCCUAAAAUGGUACCUAACCUCACCCCAAUUGGAUAAGAAGCUAAGAACUCACUGGCUGAAAUCAAACCCUACAUUUUGCAGUGCCUAAAUUUAUAUCCCCAUUCUUGAAAAACCCUUUCUGCAAAUUCUUCCAGAAUGGCCUUCAAUGGCGAUGAUGAACAUUUCCACUGGGCUCCCUACAGCCUUGCCUAUGGCAAUUCACCUCUCGAUGAAUUUGGUGAGUCUGAUUACAGCCAUACAGAUCGUUCUUUCAAAUCUCUAUUGGACUUUGAUUACUCUUCGUACAAUUCCUCUGAGCCCAAGUCACAGUACGAUCCCUAUGAUUAUGGGUUCUUCAUAAAUCAGCACCAAGUGGGCUACAGUGACGCUAGGUAUCUGCAAUACGAGCCGCCGGUUUCUGAUCGGAGUUAUCAUUUUCCGGCGGAGACGAUUUUCCGAAUCUCCUAUUCUGAAUCGCCGCAGCAGUUCAACGAACCUGAAUUUGAAGAAUAUGAUCCAACUCCUUACGGCGGAGGGUACGAUAUUGCUGCUACCUAUGGUAAACCGAUUCCCCCUUCGGAUCUCAUCUGCUACCCUCGUUCUCAGCCCCAGUCCGGCGGCUUCCCGCCGGAGAAUUUCUCAUAUAAUUCCGUUCCUCCACCGUACGGGAAACGGGAAGACGACGAUCUUCCGAAAGCUGGGGACAAAUCAAUUGGGGCAGAACCUGUUGCCGAAGCUCCUGUUGCCGGUAAGGCUGCCGGCGUUGACUCCGCCGAUGUAAUUUCCUCCGGUGAUGAUUCUUGCCGAAACGGAUUCGAGAAUGGGAUCGGGUAUGAGAGGCAGAUUGAUCGAAUUCCGUACGGAGCUGGUUUAGAAUCGAUUGAUCUUUGUGAGAGUAUAUUUGGGCAUUGGCCAUGUUUGGCCAAGAUUGAACAGCAGCAGCAGCAAAGGGCUAAAUGUCUGGAAGAUUAUGAUCGAGAAAGAAGAAUGGAUCCGUGGAAGAGUGCAGCAGAUUAUCUGUUCGGAGCUCCGGCGAUGUACGGCUACGGAAGCUAUCAUCAUCUCCAGCAAGAGGGUGCUGAAAAUCCAUGGCUGUAAUGAAAAUAUCUUCAGAUUAUUACAUUAUUAACUCUUCCACCAUGUAAUUUUAUUGAAGUCCAGUUGAAUAAGCAAUCAUCAGUGUGUAUUGUCU